GUGCGGGAGGCGAGCACCCUCCAGCUCCUCCAGCUCUACACUUGCCUGGAUCAGAUCCAGUAUAUCGAGUGGUCGUCUGACUCCCUGUUCAUACUGUGUGCCAUGUACAAGCGGGGGAUUGUUCAGGUCUGGUCCUUGGAGCAGCCAGACUGGCACUGUAAGAUAGACGAGGGCUCAGCAGGAUUGGUGGCUUCAUGCUGGAGUCCGGAUGGUCGUCACAUUCUCAAUACAACCGAGUUCCAUCUGCGGAUAACUGUGUGGUCCUUGUGUACGAAAUCUGUGUCUUACAUCAAAUAUCCCAAAGCUUGUCAGCAGGGGAUCGCUUUCACCAAGGACGGCCGCUACAUGGCAGUAGCAGAGAGACGGGACUGCAAGGACUUCAUCAGCAUCUUUGUGUGCAAUGACUGGCAGCUGCUGAGGCAUUUUGACACUGAAACGCAAGAUCUGUUUGGGAUUGAAUGGUCUCCUAAUGGCUGUGUUCUGGCAGUGUGGGAUACAUGUCUGGAGUAUAAAAUCUUGCUGUACUCCCUUGAUGGCAGACUGCUAGCCACGUAUCGGGCUUAUGAAUGGUCACUAGGCAUAAAAUCAAUCGCCUGGAGUCCUAGCAGCCAAUUUCUGGCAAUUGGCAGCUAUGAUGAAAAGGUGCGUAUCUUGAACCAUGUAACUUGGAAGAAGAUCAUAGAGUUUGAGCAUCCAGCAACCAUUGCUAACAGCAAGACUAUUGUGUAUAAAGAAGUGGAGAAAUCCCCAUCUGUUGAAACAGAGAGACUUUCUUUCUCUCCAGCAAGAGCACUGGCUAGUUCUCUCUUCAGCACAGAAAGUAAAUAUGACAUUUCCCAGGUACCAGUUUCCUUACAGUAUAUCAAACCAGUUGCUGACAGGGCAAAUCCCAAAAUGGGAAUAGGGAUGUUGGCUUUCAGUCCCGAUAACUGUUUCCUGGCAACCAAAAAUGAUAACAUUCCUAAUGCUGUCUGGAUCUGGGACAUUAAAAAGCUGAAACUGUUUGUGGUCUUGGAGCAGCUGUGUGCGAUCCAGUCUUUCCAGUGGGACCCACGACAACCUCGCCUGGCUGUAUGUACAGGAAACAGCAAAGUCUACCUCUGGUCCCCGGCGGGCUGUGUGUCAGUGCAGGUCCCAGCGGAAGGUGACUUCCCGAUUGUCUCCCUCUCCUGGCAUUCUAGUGGAGACUCCAUGGUGCUUCUGAGUAAGGACAACUUUUGUGUGUGUUACUUAGAAAGAGAAGAGAUAAAAUAA